AUGGUUAGCGUAAAUCAUCAAGUGUUUGAUAGAUGGAUGAAGGAACUUGAAGGUGGAAAGGAACAUGCAACAAACUCCAAGAAGAUUAUUCAAAAAUCCCAACAAGUCGAUAUGAAUUUCAAGUUGGGUUUCAUAGCUUUAUUUGUUAAUACGUUUGCAGAAUCCAUUCCCAUGGGGACAAACAACUUAGUUCCAUUUAGAGCACUUGUUGAACUAAUUUACUGCGAUGAAAUUGAAUGCAAGCUCCAAAAGAUAAAACGUAAAACACCAUUAGUUAUGAUGUGGACAACAGAUAAGUUGAAGGAAAGACAUUCUUUUGAGAUUGAAGCUGGUGGAUUUGGUGUUGGAAAUCUAAUUGAACAAAAUUCAAAUUUAGAAGGUGACAAGAAUAAGAAUCAGGACAUACGUAUUGAGGAGUAUGAAGAAAAGUAUGAAACAAUUUUCAACAAUGUCUCAACUGAAAAGGAAAAUAUGGAAGAUAUUAUUUUUCAUUGUCUAUCGAAAUUCCCCGAAGACAAUAGAACGAAGGAGAUGAUAAGGAUGUUUAGAUACAUAUUUUCAACUAAACUUUUUUCUAAUCGAGAAAAAUCAGAAAUUAUGAAGGAGAGAACUGAAGUCAAAGCAGAUAGAGUUGAAGAGCAUAAUAAAACAAAUAAUUCUGAUUUUGAUGAUGAUAAGCAUGAACAAAUGAAUACAAAGUUGGUUGAAUUUUUAACUGUUAAACCAUUACAAGAGAAGUUUCCAGAGAAUCAAGAAAGACAAACAGAAGAUCAAGAUAUGAAUGUUGACGACCUAAUAAAUUUGGGUUUAGAGAGUAAUACUGGUGAGGAAACUAUUGGACAUCCGAACAAUCAUAAAAGACAAAAAAAAAUUGAAGACAUAAAUGUUGACGACAAAAUGAAUUUGGCUUUAGAGGGGAAUAAUAUUGAGGAAACCGUUGGAAAGAAGAAUUUAGAAGGGAAUGUUAAGUGCAAAAAUCUUGUAGAGGGUGGUGAAAUGAUUGUUGGGGAGAAGAUUAGGGAAGAGAAUAUUCUAGAGAAGGUGGUUGGAGACAACACAUGUGAGAGCUCAAUUGUUACACCAAAACAUGAUCCAAAAGGUAUGAAUAUUGUAGACAAGAUGGUUGGAGACAACAACAUAGGUGAGAGCUCAAUUGCUACACUGUGA